AUGGCUAGAGAUACUAAAGAUUCACGAGGCUCGUUCACCCCCCGAGGUCGGGGAAGAGGAGGUUUUCAAGAUCGAGGAGGCAGGGGUAGAGGUGGAAAUCGAGGUGGUCCAGCUCGGGGUGGGUCGUCAGCCGGAGGGAAGAAGGUCGAUUAUACCAAUGUCCCUUUUGACUAUACCACCGUGAAUAGACAGAGUUAUUCCAAGCUGGAUGGUUUCUCAGUCACCCCGAACAAUACAGAUUCUCCUCAACCUGGACCAUCAAACGGAGGUAAUAAUCGAUCUCGCGCCUUUCCCCCUCGAAGUAGACGACGUAGACUUCAACCGGGCAUACCACAUCGUACUGGCGUAUCGGGUUCUGCGACACCUGCUACAGGCACAGGCUUAGGAUUUCAUGGAUCUCCACGUGUCCCCUCGAGAUCAGAUGGUCAAACUUAUGGAGGUGGUUCAGCACCAUUAUUCAUCAGAGCUGGAGAGUUGUUCAAACAAGGAGAAGCGGAUAUCAUCACUAAAGAUAAAAAUGGUGUACAUGUUCAAGCUAUGGAUAUGUCCGACCCUUCCGCUCCUCAGAUGAAUCAUCUUCAAGAUGAUACAGAAGUGGAUAUCUACGAUCCUGCGAUCUUCGCUACCAUUCCUUCUCAGGUGUCCAUUUCCCCUUUGAGUCCUCCCAAGCCUCUGGUGGAAGAAGAAGUUGAAGACGAUGAUGAGCCGAUUAGAGGUCGAUUCGAUUUCACACAAGAACAAGAGCCAAGUUCGCCUCACAUCGAUGAAGCAGACGAAUCAGAUGUAUUGUUCUAUGUGGAUACGGCGCCCAGUAUAGAAGUGGAGGCAGGGCCGUCAUACACGACUAUAUCUGCUCCUCCUCUUGGGACAGCAUCGGAUUCGGAAAGCGAAGAGAAGAUUGUCUAUGUUCCCAAGGUAUCACGUCAUGAAGUAUCGGACACAGUACAAAUGUCGCACCCAAGACCUUCUGAGGUACCAGUCUCAGGAUCGAAACCAGCGACGACACCUGUCACGAUGAAGAAAAUGGAUGUCUCUUCCUCUUCUCAGGCUCCUCAUACUUUACUGGAGGUAUCAGGACUCGCUAUGAAGGGAAAACGCCGAGAUAGAGGACGAAGAGCUGGAAGGAAGCUACAACAACGUCGAAGACGGGAUGUCGGGUCCGAUAUCGACUGGGGAAGUGAUGACUCCUCUUCACGACUCAUUCUGGGUAAGACAGAGGAGGAUGAGCAGGAAGACCAGCGUGAUAUGGAAGUGUUGAGAGAUUAUCUCGAAGGGACAUCGUUGAAUGCCAGGGUUGAGGAUGAAGAUGAGGAAGAAGGAGAGGGAGCAGGAGAGGAAGAGGAAGAGGAAGAAAGCGAGAGUGUACUCCGAGCUGGUACUCCCUCCGACAUGAGGAACAGAUCUGUGUCCCCAGUUUCGCAGACUUCCGAUGAUAUCAUCGGUCGAGAGGGCUUAGUCGUUGAGGCGGAUGGAGCUGAAGUCGAAGGGCAGGAUUUAGAAGACGAACAAUCCGACACAGGAUCCGAAUCUUCAUCCGAACUUGGGAUUCUUAAAGCUGCCAUGGACGACUUCGAUGAGAUGCGUAUCACCACCCUCGACAGUUCAAGCGACAGCGAUGAGGAUGACGGAGGUUGGGGGCUCAUGAACGAAGAUUGGUUCAUUCGUAAUAUGCAAUCUGCCCUAGACGAUCCUGUCAGUUCCAAAGAUCGUAAAGCUCCACAGAAACUGUUCUCAUCUAUUGAGACCGGAGACUUUGGAGAUGAUUGGCCCACCGCCCCAGUGAAGAAAAACAAAAAAGGUAAACAUCUCCCGGCUGAACUACAAGCCCAAUGGGAGAAAGAUCGUCAGAAAAAGGCCUUGAAACGAGAAGAAAGAGCUUUGGCGAGGUUGAUGGCUCAAUUCGAUCCUCACCCUACAUCGAGAAAACGCAAAGGAAAGUCCAAAGCUCAUCAAGCGUCCAUAGCUCAUCUCAUCCCCGCCUCUGCGGCCGAGGUAGCGGAUAUGUUCGACAUUUCUGAUGAUGAGGUUGGUACUGGAGGGAAUGGUAGAGAGGGCAUGAUGCCCCCUACAAUGGAUCUCCUUGAUAGCGAUAUCAGAGCGUUUUUAAGAGAUGAAGGAAAGACGACUUAUAGUUUACCGCCCAUGGAUAAAGAGGGGAGGAUGAAAGUUCAUAUGAUUGCGGAAUGUUUUGGGUUAAAGUCGAAGUCGAGAGGAUCUGGAAAGUCUAGGUUUACUGUCCUCAUUAAAACCUCAUACUCCGGUAACAACAUCGACGAACACCGCUUAGCUCGGGUCCUCCAAGCGUCGUCUCAUUCGAAUGGAUCAUUUUACAAAGCUUUUUACUCCAAAGGUAAGACCUCAAGUGGAAAGAAAACCAAAGGUCAUAAAGACGUCGGUAGCAGUGUCAGACACAGGGAAGGAGAUCUAGUCGGAGAAGGAGCCGAAAAGAUUGGUAUGGACAAUAUCGGUCAUCGUUUGCUUAGCAAGAUGGGUUGGGCAGAGGGAGAUCGGAUCGGUCGGACAGCAGAUGGACUCGAGGCACCGAUUGUCGCCAUUGUCAAAAACACAAAGAGUGGUCUCGGAGCUUAUUCGGGAAUGAGAUGA